AUGACCGUCACCGUGCAGCCGGUCGUCGAGGGCGCCCUGAGCGUCAAGCGCGGCCUGUUCUCCUUCCCCAGGGCGUGCCACUGCCGCCUCCGCGGCGGCACGGUGACGUGCUUCAAGCCCCCCGAGCCCGGCGCGGCCCUCGGCGCGCCCGUGUUCACGCUGCGGCUCGUCGGGUGCGACAUCCGCGUGCUCCCCGACGGCUUCUCCGUCCGGCAGCCCUCGGGCACGCGCUUCACGUUCCGCACGCCGCAGCCCCGGACGCGCCUGGCCUGGCUGCGGGCGCUGGCCAAGGAGCACGGCGUGUACCGCAAGGUCGCGGACUGGUUCGAGGUGGGGCCGGUCCUGGGCGAGGGCGCGGCGUGCGUGGUGCGCGAGGCGCGCUGCCUGCUCACGGGCGGCAAGUUCGCGGUGAAGCAGCGCAUCGACGGCAAGUCGUGCGCGUCGUCGCGCGCGAUCCACAACGAGCUCACGGUGCUGCAGUACGUGGGCGCGUCGCCGCACCCGGCGGUCCCGCGGCUGGUGGACUACUUCUUCGACCGGCACGGCGACAUCUCGCUGGUGCUGGACCUGAUGGCGGGCGGGGAGCUCUUCGCGUCGCUGGUGCGCAAGGACCGGUACACGGAGGCGGAGGCGCGCGCGGCGUUCGUGCAGGUCCUGCGCGGGAUCGACCACCUGCACGCGAUGGGCGUGGUGCACCGCGACAUCAAGCCGGAGAACCUGAUGUUUGAGAGCGACGACGAGACCAACCUGCGCAUCAUCGACUUCGACCUCGCGCGGUGCGACUUCCGCGACGAGUGGCGCGGCGACACGCCCUGCGGCACGCUCUCGUACAUGGCGCCCGAGGUGAUCGCGCACCAGGUGUACGACAAGUCGAUCGACAUGUGGUCCCUCGGGUGCGUCCUCUACAUCCUCCUGUGCGGCCGGAAGCCGUUCGGGGGCACGACGGAGGAGCACCGGAAGGCCAACAUCACGCGCGCCAAGGUGCCCUUCCCCGACGACCUCUGGGGGCGCGUCUCGCCCGAGGCCAAGGACCUGGUCUCGCGCCUGCUGCGCAAGGACCCCCGCGAGCGGCUGACGGCGCGCCAGGCGCUCGAGCACCCGUGGAUCCUCGGCCUCGAGCGGUGCGCGGCGCCCGGGCUGUCCGCGGCGUCCGCGCCGCUGCGCACGCCCGCGGGGCUCCGCGCCGCCAUCAGCCAGCAGGACCUGGCGGCGCUGCAGCACGGGGACCGGCAGAGCCGCGGGCACGUGACGGCGCUGCGGAACCUGCACGGGUCGAUGCUCGACGACGAGCACGCGAUGCGCACCGAGGCGCUGCGCCACGGGAUGGCCGAGGGCGGCCACAAGGUGUCGGGCGUCGGCAGCAGCGGCCACAGCAGCCGCAACGCCCCGCCCUGGGCGCGCUUCAACACCGCGGGCCCGUCGAACGCCUCGAGCAUCCCGGACGCGGCGGCCGCGCAGGCCUCGGCUACCGCACCCGCGCAACAACAACACCCCUCGCCGUUCCUCGACAGCGCGAGCGAGCUCGACGCGCACGGCCUGCUCGCGCUGCGGGGAGACCCGGUGUUCAGCCCGAUGGGACAGUCGCGGCCCGCCGACGCGCCCGGCGACGCCGCCCCCGCGCCUGCACCUGCACCUGUGCGCCCGCCGCUGCCCACGGGCUGCGCGAGCGGGCGCAGCCCCGCACCGCCCGCCGGCGGCCAGGCGGUGCACCGCCUCGCCAACAGCUCCGUGAUGCACGACCUGGAGCAGGGCGAGGUGCGGGUGCCGGAGCCCCCCCCGCCCCCGCACGUGGUGCGCAGCAUCAACGUCCUGGAGUCGGUGACGCACGGGUCGGUCGCGGGCGGGUCGUGCGUGCUGAUGGACAGCGCCGCGAGCAGGAGCAGGGUCUCGCUGCGGACGUCGUCGGACGUGGGCGUCAGUUCGCGCGAGCGGCGGCGGGCUGGCGUGCUGGACUCGUGGGCCGGGUCGCAGGCGUCCGGGGCGGGCGAGCGGCGCGGGCACGUCGCGAGCUCCGGCGGCGCGCUCGGCGCGGCGCACACGGAUCGCCCCCCCGCGAUCGUCGACGCCGACGGCGCGCGCAGGGGGUCGAUCUCCGCGCUGCGGGUGCAGCUGGACCUGGGGUGCACGCUGGCCACGCGCGGCAGCCUCGACGACCGGCACCGCCGCUCGCCGGCGUCCUCGGUGCGCGAGCUCGAAGUCAUCCCCUCCGGCGCCGUGCUCCUCUAG